UGUGUGUCAUCACCCUGAGACAGCAACAAAUGUAAACAAAUCCAUGCGGAGGAGAACCUAGUGUCUUAUCACCACCACCAGGACGUAGGAAGAUGGGAAGAGCAAGACGGAAAUACAAGGAAAAGGCAGUUUAUGUCACUGAUGAUUCUGAGCUCAAAAAGAUUACAGUUGAGCUUGAAUCAUCAGAAAAAUAUGACUCUAGCAAUGCCCUGGUUCUUCCAUCCAAAAAGCGUGCCACAAGAAAGUUACGUGAUAAAAAUGCGACUCCGGUUAAGCUUCUGUCUAAGAAAAAAAGAAAAAAACUGGAGAAAAUUGUUGACCAAAAAAAUAAAAAGGAGAAUCAUGCCAGUCUCCUCGCAGCACUACAGGAGGUCAAGGCUGACCCCAAGGAUCUGCUGAAGUUGACACAGCUUCAAGUGACCCAGACGCUUGGAAGGAAAAAGUUUUUAGCUGAAGAUUAUACAACUUUUACGAACGAAGUGAAGGAAGAGGAAGGAAAGGUGCUGAGCAGUGUGAGGGGACGGAAGAGAAAAAAACCUAAUGAAGAAGAGGUGGAGCAGGAAAAGAAUGAUGACCCAAACAUUGUCAGACUUGGGGAAUUAUCCAGCAGUAGUGAUGAGAGUGAAGUGGAAGAAGAGGAACCAGAUAUGACUAAUUCUGUAGGAGGAAUAGUAAAUGAUAUUCAACAACAUAAAAAAUGCUCUAAUCAGGAAAUAGGUGAUUUGAAUGACAUUAAGCCAGCAGAAAAGCAACAAGAUGAAGCACAGACUGCUGAGGUCUCCAAGGAUAAACCAACAAAGCCAGCAGUAUAUAUGAGCUUACAACGUACUACUGAGAUUCAAGCAGCAAGACUCAGACUUCCCAUUCUAGCUGAGGAACAAGCUAUAAUGGAAGCAAUAAACGAAAAUCCUGUAACAGUCAUUGUGGGAGCAACAGGUAGUGGCAAGACAACACAAGUUCCCCAGUUUCUGUAUGAGGCAGGAUAUACAAGUAAUGGCAAGAUGAUCGGUGUCACUGAGCCAAGGCGUGUGGCUGCAAUAUCAAUGUCUCAGAGAGUUGCACAUGAAAUGAAUCUGUCAUCAAGAGAGGUGUCUUACCAAAUACGGUUUGAAGGGAAUACAACUCCAGAUACAAAGAUCAAAUUUAUGACAGAUGGUGUUUUGCUGAAGGAAAUCCAAAUGGAUCCGACACUGAAGAAAUACUCAGUGGUAGUCAUUGAUGAAGCCCACGAGCGAAGUGUCUUUUCUGACAUUUUGAUUGGCAUUCUCUCACGGAUCAUUCCUAGACGUCAGGCCAAGGGCAAGCCACUAAAGCUCAUCAUUAUGUCAGCCACACUGAGGGUUGAAGACUUUACUGAGAAUCCUCGACUCUUUAAGGAGCCCAAACCUCCAGUUAUUAAGGUUGAUGCAAGAAUGUUUGACGUCACUCUUCACUACAACAAGCGAACUCCUGAGGAUUACCUGGGAGAAGCAUUCAAGAAGGCAUGUAAGAUUCAUCGACAACUUCCCGAGGGAGGCAUUCUGAUCUUCCUCACAGGUCAGCAGGAAGUGAAUAGUCUUGUGCGCAAGUUACGUGCCACAUUCCCCAUGCAUGCAGAGAGUAGAUAUAACAAACAAACAGAUGUGAGUGGAUACAAAAGGAAAAAACUGCAACUUAAAAAUAUGAAAAAAACAGUAAAUGAAUCAGCAAGCAAAAAGAUCAUUUUGCCUGAAGUAAAGCUUGAAAAUUUCAUAUCGGCCUUGCCUGAUGAUGCAGAGGGUGACCUGGCAGGAGAUGUAGCAGACUUAGAGGACCGAGGGGCAGUGGAUUUUGACGACAGUGAUUUGGAUUUGGAUGAUGACGAUGAUGAUGCAGUGCUAAGCAGCAAGAAGUUUGGGGCACAGGAAGAGCCAGAGCAGUCUUUAUGGGUCUUACCCCUAUACUCCAUGUUGCCCCCAGAAAGACAACAGAUGGUCUUCAAGCCCCCACCAGAAGGAACACGACUCUGUGUUGUGUCAACCAACGUAGCUGAAACCUCGCUCACCAUACCUAGUGUCAAAUAUGUUGUAGACUGUGGUAAAGUUAAGGAAAAGGUGUAUGAUACAGUAACUGGAGUGUCAAAGUUCCCCAUCACAUGGCUUCACAAGUUUGCUAACAGGGGAGCAGGUCGUGUGGGAGAACACACCGGGAAAAUUGCUAAACCCUCUCUACUCCCUGCUGAUUUGAGCCACAUCACCUCCCUUGGCAAAGUUAUGGCAGCCUUUCCUCUGGCACCACGGUAUGGCAAAAUGCUUGCACUGAGUCACCAACAUUCUCUCUUGCAAUACACAGUUGCCUUAGUGGCAGCUCUUACAGUACCUGAAGUUCUUAUAGAAACUCCUCUUGAUUCAAAAGAGAAUGUGAAUGAUAUACGGAAAAGAUGGCAGAAUUUACGUUUGUCAUGGGCAGGAAGCGGAAAUGCCCGAAGCUUGGGAGAUGCCAUGGUAUUGCUUCGAGCUGUCGGUGCUGCUGAGUAUCAGGGUGGUGAACGAGAAUGGUGUGAAAAGAAUGGUCUAAGAUAUAAAGGAAUUGCUGAAAUUCGCAAAUUACGGCGACAGUUGACAAAUGAAAUCAACCUAAUUAUCCCAUCAUGUGACCUGAUGCUUGAUCCCCAGAUGCCACCUCCUACUGAUGACCAGGCUCGGCUACUGCGACAAAUAGCACUGGCAGGCUUGGUUGAUCAUGUGGCACGUCGGGUGGAUGAUUGGGAACUGAAGACUCCAGAAGACAAACUGAAGUGGAGAUAUGCAUACAGAACUCAAGACAUGGAAGAGCCAGUAUUCUUGCCAUCAUCCUCAGUUGUUCGAAUAGACAUGCCGAAGUGGGUUGUUUAUCAAGAAAUUCAUGAGACACACAAAAUGUUCAUGAGAAAUGUAACAGUUAUCGAGCCAGAAUGGCUAGCAGUCUUUGCACCAAACCUUUGCACCUUUUCACCACCUUUGGAGUCUCCUGAGCCUCGCUACGAUGCUGACAGGGAUCAAAUAGUUUGCCACAGAAAAGCCUCCUUUGGUCCAGCAGUGUGGGAUAUCUCGGAGGUGGAGGUAGAAUAUCCUCGUGGCCAAGAUCUGUUCAAGUGGGUAGCUUAUUACUUCAUGCUGGGCCAUUUGUGUUCACCCCUCAAAGCCUUUGUUGAGCAUAUUUAUGAACCCCGGACUCUUGUUAACCCAGUUGCUAUAAGGUAUAGUGAGCAGCGAAAACACCUCCUUCGUGGGUUGAUGAGUAGAGACAUCACAAACCUUGCAAAGUUAAAAGAGACAUGGACACAGGAACCAAAAUUUCUGCAGUGGGAAUACUUGCAGUGGCUACACAACAAGGAAAUUAAAGGAGAGGUCAUUAGAAUAUGGCCACCAGUUGCUCGCUGCCCUGAAAGUGAUUGGAGUUGAGGACAAGUAUAAUUAAAAUAGAAUGUACAAAUAAUUUAACUUUUAUUCAGAAAUUAUGUGCCUCGGUGGGAGACGACUGAUUUGUUGAAAAAAAAAAAAAAAAAAAAAUAAUAUGUAUAGACUUGAUGUGUAUAAGACUUAAUAUGAUGUAUUUAUAUACAUAACUUGUGUGUUAAUUCAUUCUCAUUUUUUAAAUACUAUUAUCUUAAUGAAUCUGGAUUUUGUAAAUAUUAUUUAUUAAUAUUGGUUAUCAUAAAA